AUGCUGAGCCGUACCCAGACCGGCUCGACGAGCCUGGCGCCCAGCGACCGCCUACAACCACCGCCCACGUCCGCGACACAUCCCAACAUGUGGCAGUCGAGCGAGUCUGUCGUGUUGCACAUGCAGAUGCAGGAGAUUGCGAAUAAGAGGAUAUCAACGUUGGACUACCUACGGAAAGCACACGAAGGCCGAGUAUACUGGUUCAACACAAUCCUCUUCGACAAGCCCGACCUCGCCCGCAUGCCCUCCUUUGAAUCGCGGAAACUCGCCCGCCGCGCAACAAACUACCUCCUCCUCGGCCUCUCCCUCCCCACAAUCGUCGACCUCUACGCAAACACCCCAAUCGAGUUCCUCCGCAGCCUCAACAACCUCCUCCAAGAAUUCGAGUCCUUCCAACAACUCCACAGCGAGGGCGGCACCUCCACCAGCUCCCUCUCCCGCGCCAGGCUCCCCUCCAUGUUCCGUCGCCAGGGCGGCAAGUCACGGCGCAGCGCCAGCGGCGCCAACGAUAUCGGAUACCCUCUCGACUCGGACUCGGCGAGCGGCGGAAGCUACGGCGGCAUCGGGGGCUCGUCGAGCGCGAGCGCGAGCGUCAUGUCCUUUGCGUCGAGCGAUAACGAUUUGCUACCGGGCGAGGUGUACACCCACCUGCUCACGCCAUCGCUGCCGUUCGAGCCCGACUUUUACGAGACGUUUGCGACGUUGUGCGAGGUGCUGAUUGACGUCUACACGAGGGUGCUGAGCCUGGUGCCCACGCCGAGGGAGACGACGGCGCCGGUGGCGGAGCUCUUUGCCAAAGCGGACGCCAAGGUGCGCAAGAUUAUUGUGCAGGGCGUCGUCAAGGAGUUUGAGGACAGCAGCAGGUCGCACAUCAAGACGGAGGUGGGCAAUAUCGGCAAGGUUGUGCUUGGUGGGCUAAUGUAA